GAGGAAAGUUUGGGCUUAUAAAGAGGCUCCCGGCGCCUCUCAGCCAUCAGCCAGCCAGCCAAGAGAGAGCCAAGAAGUCCAAGGGAAGGAAGGGCUUGGAGAAGCAGACCAAGAAGCCCUCGCCAAGCCGACAACAACAGCACUAGCAACGUCGCAGUCUUCUGCUUGGAUCCCUUUCCUUGACGGGGAGCGCAAUUGUCGGGCUGCAUCCUCCUUCUCCUUCGAGGCUUCCCUCUUCUCUUCCAGACAUGAGCUCUGAGCAUCUGGUCCAGGAUCCGGAGAAAGGGCUCCUUCCGACGGGGAAGGAGGCUCAGGACCGACCUCUGUCACCCCACAAAAGCCAAAGGGGGCCUUGGAAGUGCCUCACUAUCACCAGCUUCCUGCUCCUGGCCUUGGCCACUGGGCUCUUCGCCUUCCUCCAGUAUGGAAACCUCUUCGGGCAGAAGGACUCUAAGGAGAACAGAAAGUCAUUUUCUGAAGACAUUCUACCAGAAACAAUGAAAGUGCAAGCCCUUGUAUCUGGGAAACCAGCUGCCCAUGCCAUCGCUUCCUUGCACCAUCCUAAUCAAUUGAUCUGGACCACCGAUGUGGCACCUUCAGUGUUGGAGAAUGGCAUGAAGCUGGACAAGGCAGAGAACGCCCUGGUGGUGCCCUCCACAGGGCUCUAUUUUGUCUACUCUCAGCUCCUCUUCCACAAAGGCAGCUGUACCUCUGCGGAGCCCGUGCUGCUCAGCCACAUGAUCACGUCACACUCUGCCCAGUUCAACACCGAGGUGGUGCUGCUGAAAUCCCUGAAGACUGCCUGUCAGCACGGGAGGGAUCCCCCGCACCAGGGCAAGAUAUGGUUCGAAUCCAUUUAUCAGGGGGCUGUCUUCAAGCUGCACAAAGGUGAUCGCCUUUGGUCCAAAACAAAUGCUAUGGAGUAUCUGGACCUAGAUCGACAAGGACAAAUAUACUUUGGGGUCAUUGCCAUGUAAGGAAAUUCUUGCACUGAGUGCCCUCUGUGGAGUCAUUCAAGGUUUCCCCCCUCCUACCUGGUCCCAUUACUCUUCUUUUUUGUGCCCACUCCCCAAAUGCUGCCUCGUUGGGUCAUAACGGUGAACUGACAUAUGGUAUGUGGAAGUUUUGAGGGGAUGGGUGGCAACCUAGUAUUAUUUUUGUGCUGAAUCAUGACAACCUAUUUAUUUAUUUCUAUUUGUUUAUUUGUUUAUUUAUUUAUUCAAUGAGAGUAACUGUUGAAAUGCUGAGAUGAUUUUGAAUGUAUAGUUUGUGAGCUACACAGCUACAAAUAUGCAAAAGUUGGGGAAGUUACUUUUGAGCUACAUUUCCCAAAAGUAACUUCUCCCAGUUCUGAAAGCAAAACGUAAUGUGCUGUGCACACAAUGCAAUAUCUAUGCAUGUAUGUGCAAGGAUUUAGCUGAGGCUUCAAAAUGAAGGCAUCCCAGUUGGGAUCACAGAGGAAUUUCUGAAGCUGCCUUCCAUUGGGAAAUUGUGCUCCAUUGGAUCCAGCUUUCGGGACCCUUCCUCAGAUUAUUUGUCUAUAUACUAUGUAUAUUUGCUGUAACCAUUUGACUAUGUCAAUGUGAUUAUCUCUGUUAAUGGAAAUUGCAACCAGAAGUGAAGUACGUUAUGCCUAUGUAUUUUGUCUCUCAAUAUUGUGGAGGGUGGUAUUCCCUUCUUCUCACUUCAGUGACCAAAAUUCCCUCCUGGAUUUACUACAGAGCCACUAAACUGGAACAGGAGAUUAAUCUGGCUGUGGCACUGUUCCCAGAUGCAAAAUGAGACAUCAGUGGAUGAUGUGACCAUUUUGCAUUUUACAAUGAGAGCACAGCCAAGCGUUUCUCAGACUCCCUAGGCAAGAAUAGCCAGGCACUGAGAUGGCCCUGUAGCAAUUGCUGUGAAUGGCAAAUAGCUGGCUGUGCGGCAGUUCUGCAUUCAAAGUGCUAUUCUACACUGAACCAUAUGGGAUUCCAGCUAGAAUAUUUUACAGAACUGCUUCUGAAUGCUAUGAGAGAAGACAGGGACACUAGAAACAGGAGUCUUAAGAUACUCUUCCAAUUUACUGAGGGAGAUUUUUCUCCCUGUUGGAUGGUGCCGUAUCAAAUAUGCAAUCUGAUAUCAGAGUACCUGAGAUAUUCCAGGUGUUUCGAUGCUACCUUUCAAAUAUGUUGUUGAAAAGCUUUAUGUAUUCCCUUCAAACAAAGGUUUUCCUAAAAGGUGUAUAUAUUUUACGAAGAUUAUUUAUUUAUCUAUCUAUUUAUUUAUAUUGAUAUUUUAUUUAUGAUGUGUGCUCU